GGCAAGGGAGUUGAGGGGGGCGAUCUGUAGGGUACUCGGAGUACUUGGUGGGGCUGCACACCCCGCAGUACCGGGAGGGCUGUGUGCUUCCCGGUGGUACCGGAGGAGAGGAAUCUGGCCAAUUCCCGUGCAGCCCUGCAGUUCCGGGAACCGGGAGGCUUCCGGGAUCUGGGAGGGUUGGGAGCGCGCCGCGCACUGGGAAGGUGCGGAGCGGGGGUGUCCAGAUGCUCCUCCGCGCCCUGCGCUAACGGGCUCGGUGUGCUCUGCGGCCGCUCGCCACUGACGAAAGGUCUCUGAGGCGACCCUGCCCGACCUGGUCCGGCACCGGGGCUUGCAGGGGGCUGGACCCAGCCCUACCCGGGGCAGCCGAAGAUCCGCGGCACGGGGGUAGGCUGCAUGCACUUUACAGGAUGCCAGGCUGCUUGGUGCCUGCCCCCUGCCCCGGGACUACCCGGGCUGGCGACAGCAUCCUGCCUCUCCCACAACCGGCAGCGGUCCGGGACAGGAUGUAGCUCCGGGGCCACCAAACCGGCUGGGGCUGGCUGGGGCGUGGGUGCUCCGGGGGCGCUAGCAGCGCCUUGGCACUCUGGAGUCAAAGGGCUCCAGUGCCCAGUCCCCCUUGUUUCCACUCUGGACCCCCUAGCAGGCCCCCUACAACCCAAGGUGCCUUGGCUUGCCUGAUAGAUGGCACCCAGUGAUAGCUGGCACCCAACUCCUGGUGCUUGGCCCUAGGUUCAUCACCCUCCUCCCCUCAUAGAAUAGCAGCUGGGCGCAAAUAGCUUGUCCCAGUGUCCCCAGUGGCUGUGGGCACCCCCAGCCACAUCAGUCUCCCCUGGUGCUGGCUCUGCCGUAGGGCAUUUCACUUGUGUCGCGCACGGAACUGGGCUGGACCUGCUCCUUCUCUUGUGCAAACAGGACUUUGGGCGAUAAUGGCACUGCUGGCACUGCCCAGCAAAUGCUGCCAUGUCCCAUGCGGGCAGCACUGAUGAUAUGCAGUGGGUGUCAUGAGGGCUAAGGCUGUGCUCUGAUAAAUGCCCACCACUGCUAUGCUGCUCUGCCCAUCCCCAGAAGUGCUGUUCCUGGGAUGCAUUGGCUUGGGAAGCUCUUCCUGACCCUGGGUUUCCAGUAUUGGCUAAAUCCCAGUUUUCUGCUUCUCUGUGUGUGGAAAAUACACCUGGAAAAUGAGCACCAUGAGCCUGGGAGCUGCCCACCCCAGAGCCUUGCCAUGUCCUUGCUGACCACCUCUCUCCUCCAUGCCUUAGCCCGGAUGCACCACAGCAAUGCCAGCAAUGCAGCAUCUCCACGGAGCUCAGCAGUGUCCAUGUCACCACCUGUGUCCAGUUCAGCCUCCAGUACAGGGGCACCUAGCAUGGCUCCAUCCACCAACAGCUCAGGGACCACUGGUGCAGCUCCACCCAACACAGCCACAGCAUCAUCUGUGCCCAGCGGAAUGAACACAGGGGCACCCACAUCACAGACUUCUCCCCAGCCGACCACCAUAAGGGAUCUGUCUGAAAUGUCAGCUUCCACUAUCUCCAGCAUGGCUUCUUCCAGUAGCAGCCUGGGGGUAACUCAAGCACCUUCAUCCAGCCCAGCUGUGUCAUCAUCUGUGCCCAGUGAAAUGACCACAGUGGCACCUUCACCACCUCCGCCCCCUGAGCCAACCACCACGUGGAUUCCAUUGAAGACGACAGAUUUAGAGGUGUCUGGGACACCUUUAUCUGACCCAGCCAUGACAACAACUCCCUUUGGGAAGAUACCAACAUCAAAUCGAUACGAGUCCCUGGCAACAACCAGCUCAGGAGUGCUGACAUCUCCCCCUGACAUGACCACGGCACCACCUCUGUCCCACUCAGCUGUGCCCAGCAGCUCAGCCACACUGCAUCCAGACAGCUCGAUGGCAACAGACCCAUCCUCACUUAGCCCUUCUCUCAGCUCUGCCAUGCCCACUGGGAGCCCCAGUCCCGACAGCACCUCGGCCACCAGCUCCAGAACGACGCUGGCCAUCGACUCUGUGCUGAACCCCACCAAGCCCAACCCUGUCGAGGUCGUCAUCAUCUGCCUCUUCGUCUGCUUGCUGGUGGGGGGAGCCACCAUGCUGCUGGUGUGGCGGUACCAGCGCAGGAUCCCUCGCUUCCGCCACCUGGAGGAGGUGACCAUGGUGCGUAAGGGUGGCAGGAGGGUGGCAGGGGGCACGGCGCUGUGGCAGAGCUGCCUGGCGCCGCACGGGGCGGGAGUGCCAGUGAAUUUAGUGCGCUUCAGGAGCAAAGCUUCUUGCAACCAAGAGGUGCUUCUGUUGUGUGAAGAUCCACGGAGCUGGUCUGCAGGCGGGCUGAAGGCGGGGGUCUUGUGAAGAUGAGACAGCCCUGGCUCGGCCAAGCCCCCUGAAAGGAGGCUAAAGCAGCAAAGCCCAAACUCAGCAGCUUCAGAAGAGGCUUUGAAGGCUCCAGUGGCCAAGUGAAGACCUUCUCCUGCUUAAUUGCCAUUUUCAAACUGAAGCUGUCACCCCUCAGUGUGGUCAGGAGCCAGACAGAGGACAUAGUAGAAGAGAUUUUAGUGUUACUCAGCUAAGCAUCCCCCAGGAGACAGGGACAGCUGGGGUGAGGGCAUCAAAAAUGCUCAGGGGGACAUCUCCAGGGGCUGUAGGGAAGGAUUGGAUUUAGCAGGGAUGACAGCAGCCAGCGAGCUGUGCUCCUCUUCCUCCACCCAAGACAAGGACCCCUUAUGGGUAAGAACUGCACCUUCAGUGCAUGGCUGAACUGCUGCUGCAUUUCUGUUCUGUGUGAGCAUGAUGCCAGUGAUUUGUGCCCACCUCUGCAUUCCCCAGGAUGGGUUCGCUUGGGCUGUGUCACACACAGUCAUUUAUCGCCAGCAAUCCUGGAGCUGUUGUGUCUGUUGCUUUAAUAAAUCAAACCAAUCACUUAUUUUCACUUUCUGAA